CCUCUCGCAAAUAGUUCCUUCCUUUAGGUCCGUAGUACGAGUAUGGUAGUGACAAGUGGUGACAAGUGACAACAUUACGUCAUAAGGAGACGCGUUCGCGUGUUUUCUAGGUUUAGUUAAUUGUUACAAAUAAUUUUCUUUACUCACAAUUUUACAUUAGAAGCGGAAAUGUUAAAUAGUACGUUAAAUAACCGCGAAAUCCAAUACCGAGGUUUAAAUGAUUUCACGAAAAAAAUUCACCAAGAAAUCAUGGACAUUACGUCUGCCUUAGAUUGGACGCUAGAAAGCAUAGAAAUUGAGAACGAUAAUCGUCUAAUAUGUCCAUAUAAUUCGUCUCACCGUAUCGGAAAAGAAAUUUUGGAUCAACACUUGGAAGAUUGUCAAUGGAAAAGAGAUGGCUAUAAUAAAUGUCAUGUACCACUGUCUGAACCAAAUUUAGAUUUGUGUUCUCCUUUCUCUAUAAAAUUGGAUGCAGUUUUGCAAAAUAGCAUCAUAGAAGAAGCUAGAAGAAAGGAUUCUACAAUAAGCAUUGGUUUGGGUGAUCGGUUAAUUCCACGAACAUCCGAUAGAAUCUUCACAGAUUUUACUCGCGAUGAAAGGAAAAUAUUAUACGAAUAUGUCGUCUCCCGUACAAUGAAAGUGGACGUUGGACAUGACUUUACAGAUACCAAAACAUUAGUCUGUAGAGAUAAAGAUAACAAACAGUUAUCGUUUCUGGAGAUACUGGUUCAAGAACGUAAUUUAAAACGACGUAGGGCUAAACACAGAGGUGUUCAUACCAAUAAAAAGUCUCACAUGGAAAUCCUCAGAGAGAUCAUAGAUCAACAAAUGGAGUUGUACGUCGAUCAUGUCACGCAAGAACAUCAAAUUAAUCGUGAGACGAAAGCUGUAGAUCUCAGAAAAACUGAAAGUCCAAGGAAACAUCUGGGUGACACUGUACAAAACACAUCCUCGUUGUCUCCCACCGAUUCUCGUUACAACUGUCGUCAUCUUUUACUUAGGGACUCUCAGAAUGAUCACGGAGGUAACAAUCUCCGAAACGAUCGUAUCGAACCGUCGCACGCAUCUUCGUUCAGAGAUCGAUACGGGCGAGACAAGUAUUCGCGAACUACAACAGAAUCGCGAAACUCGAAGGAAUCACGAAAACCGCAGACACAACGUAAACAUAAACGUUCCCGUUCCAGAGAACGCGAUUAUAGCAAAAAGAGUAGACGAGAGUUCUCCGAGAAGACUUACGCGAGGAAUGUUAGGAAGUAUGAGAAACCGGAAAGUAUGACAAAGAACUGCGAUCAUUUUAAAAAGGUGGAGAAGAACCAUUAGCGUCUGUUGUUAUCGUGAUGUUUUGCUUAUUAAU